CCACUACAUCUGCGAGUGCUGAAAUCUUCUUUUUGACGUAAAAAUCUUAAUGCCGGUAACCCGUUUUCAAGAUCUCCUGGUGCAUCAUCCCUCAUUAAGAACACAUUUAAAUUCCAUUGAAUUGCAGUUCCUUAAUAUGUCACAGCUGCUUAUCCUGUGUUCCUGGGGGGAGAGAGUGGAUUCUUUCCAUGGGGAGAAGAUAACAGAAUUCAAUUACUAGCAUGCAACCACAUUGUUUAAAGAAGGAAAGCAGUGGCAGAAUUGGAUGAUGGGAGGAGCAAAGAUGGCAGGGGUGGGGGUGGCCGAGGCACGUGGUUCACUGUUGAUUUUUUUAGAGAGAGAAAGAGAUUUUGCUUGAGGGACGGUCCAGCUGUGGCUAGCUGUUCGGCUUCCUAUUUUACGAUGCAGGUUUUAAUUCAGGGGCAGCAUCAUUUUGGCGCCACAAGAGCAACCGACACCUGCCAACCGUCGCAGAGCAUCCAUUGCGGCACCAAACCAGGCUCGGCCUCCCACACAGAGAAGGGAAAGAGAUUGUGGGGCUGAAAUAAAACCUUACCCCCGAUUCCAUCGUGGACAGAAACUGAGAAGAAAACCGGACGGAAAGUUGGAAGAAAAUAGGAAACUUUGGAUCACAACAGGGAAAAUGGAGAAAGAAAGAAUAGAGAGAGAGAAAAAGGGAAAUUAGCAGUAAGAAUUCGUUCAUGAAGGGAAGAUGCCACUUUGCUGCUCUCUCGCUCGCUUUCUUCUAGUUGCUGCCAAUGAGAGGUGAAAGGUGAUGAAAGGGGAGGGAAGGUCACAAUGUGGUGCUGAGAUUUGAGACUGCUUUUGAUGGAGAGGGAGGGAUCUAUGCACCUUUUGGAUGUUUGACAGAGGGAGGGGUGAUGGAUCAGAGCAGUAGCAAUGGAGGUGGGUCAAGUGGGUCCUGGGGAUUAGGCACUAGGCAUCAGCAGCUGCCCCCCAAACCGCCAUGGGUGGCUUCCCCAAGCAACCAGGAUCCACCAACCAGCAAUAUCAACGACCACCAACACGGCUUGUCUGGCUGGAUAGGAUUUUCCCCUAGCCCCCAGCAGGCCAACAAGCACCAUAGGACGUCUUCCUCAAUUGGGCUCGUUCCAGACUCCCAGACAUUGCCGUGGCUCGACGAAUUCAUGGAUCUCCCGCCGGCCAAGCGUGGCUCAAUGCACCGUAGAUCGGCGAGCGAUUCGUUUUCCUUCGUUGAUGCUCAGACUGGUGGUGCUGCGCUUCCCCAUUCGGAGAUUUCGGACAGAGACGGGUUCGAUUGCGGAAGCAGCAGCGCUGCGUCGAUCCCAUGUCGGGAGCUCGAAAAACUGGACGAGGAGCAGCUGCUCUCCAUGUUUGCCGAUAUAGAGCCAUUCCACAAGCAGCAACUGCAGCAGCACCAUGCAAACGAAUCUGCUUCCGCGAUGGAUGCCCGGUUGAUAGAGCCCCAGGCCUCUGAAAAUCCUUCCACACUGUCUGAUCGCAACAGCAUCUGCGACAAUCUCGUCGACGAGAAGCCGGUGAUAACGCUGCCACCAGAACAAGUAAAGAGCGAGCAAGAGGUACAGAGCGUCUGCAAGUCUGAGCCGCCUCAACAACAACAUGAACAAGAACAGCUGCAGCAAUCCUCGCAGCCUGCCCCUUCAAAUUCCGCCGGCGCCGCGGCUGCUGGGGAUUCCAACAUUGAUCCCAAAAGGGUGAAACGAAUUCUUGCUAAUCGGCAAUCUGCUCAGAGGUCGCGUGUUCGGAAGCUACAUUACAUAGCCGAGCUUGAAAAAAGUGUGAGUGCUUUGCAGACAGAAGUGUCCACUCUUUCACCUCAGGUCGCUUAUCUUGAUCAUCAGAGGUUACUUCUUAACGUUGAUAACGGUGCUCUGAAGCAGAGGAUCGCUGCUCUUGCCCAGGAUAAAAUCUUCAAAGAUGCCCAUUCUGAAGCACUGAAGAAGGAGGUUCAGAGGUUAAGGCAUCUGUACCAGCAGCUAUGUAUGAAGAAAGAAGCGCAGUCGCAGGCAACUGGAUUCGAAGCAGAGCACCAACAGGUCCAACAGGGCAACGGCAUUAGUUCGUCGAUGAGUGACAUUGAAGGAACCAGAAAUCAAAUACAAGUGGACAACAGAGAGCCAAUUAACAGCAGUAACUGCAGUAGCAGCAACCAGCAGCUUUUGCAGCCAAUGAGUUGCUUGAAAUCUGAUCCUAGUAACAUGGCGUACCCUUCAGAUUUCAUGGUUCAUAAUCCUUGAUGUCUCCCUUCCGCAAUUAUUAUUUCUGUUGAUUUUUUUUUUUUCAAUAUUUUCUCCUUGAUUCUAAACUUUUUCGUUAUUUCAAGUAAAGAGGGAACCUACCCUUGUCGAAUAGGAAUUAUAUCGUGUAGCAUAAUGCUUUUCUGGCUUGUGUCCUUUACGUGGUGGGUGGACGGUGCGUGAAUGAACUUUCAAUGGCCCAUAGAUUUCCCUC